UACAAUCCAAUAAAGCAAAAGAUUACCAACGUUUGCUAGACACUGAAACUUGUCUUCUUCUCUUCUUUCACCCUUCCAUUGUUCUCCCAAAACAUCUCUCGUCGAAUGGAAACCAAAGGUUUCACCCAAGAUGGAACUGUCGAUCUUCAUGGCCGCCCUGUCCUUGCCAAUAGAACUGGAAAAUGGAAAGCUUGUGCUUUCCUUGUUGGAUAUGAAGCAUUUGAAAGGAUGGCUUUCUAUGGAAUAGCUUCAAAUUUAGUGAACUACUUGACCACCCAACUUCAUGAAGAUACAGUUUCAUCUGUCAGAAAUGUGAAUAGCUGGUCAGGAUCGGUGUGGAUUACACCAAUUCUUGGAGCAUACAUAGCAGAUACUUACCUGGGUCGUUUCUGGACUUUCACAGUCUCAUCGCUCAUCUAUAUCAUGGGAAUGAUAAUGCUCACAACAGCAGUUUCACUGAAAUCUUUGAAGCCAACUUGCACAAAUGGAAUCUGCAACAAGGCCUCUACUUUGCAAAUAGCAUAUUUCUAUACAUCUUUAUACACCAUAGCAAUAGGAGCAGGGGGGACAAAACCCAACAUAUCAACUUUUGGGGCAGACCAGUUUGAUGAUUUUAACCCCCAUGAAAAAGAGCUCAAGGUUUCAUUCUUCAAUUGGUGGAUGUUUAGCUCUUUCUUGGGUGCCUUGUUUGCUACUCUUGGCCUUGUCUACAUUCAAGAAAACUUGGGAUGGGGACUAGGCUAUGGGAUCCCAACAGUUGGUCUUCUGUUUUCCCUACUUGUAUUUUAUCUUGGGACCCCAAUUUACAGGCACAAAGUAAGGAAGACUAAAAGCCCUACAAGGGACCUGAUUCAAGUCCCCAUUACCGCCUUCAAAAAUCGGAAACUUCAGCUCCCUAACAACCCAUCUCAGCUUCAUGAGCAUGAACCACAACAUUAUAUCAACAGUGGAAAACGGCAGGUUCAUUACACUCCAAUUUUCAGAUUCUUGGACAAGGCUGCAGUAAAGGAUGCCAACUCACGUAAGCCACCAUGCACUGUAACUCAAGUGGAAGGGACCAAGCUUGUUCUUGGGAUGCUUUUAAUAUGGCUAGUGACCUUAAUUCCUAGCACCAUAUGGGCUCAAAUAAACACAUUAUUUGUGAAGCAAGGUACCACCUUGGAUAGGAGCAUAGGUUCCAGCUUUCAAAUCCCACCAGCAUCACUUGGGAGCUUUGUCACCCUCUCCAUGCUCCUCUCAGUACCAAUGUAUGAUCGAUAUUUCGUUCCAUUCAUGCGUAGUAAAACUGGCAAUCCUAGAGGAAUUACCCUCCUUCAAAGGCUUGGCAUUGGAUUUUUCAUCCAGGUUAUCGCUAUUGCUAUCGCAUAUGCUGUGGAGGUUCGGAGAAUGCAUGUCAUAAGAGUGCAUCAAAUAGUAGGGCCUAAAGAAAUUGUUCCCAUGAACAUAUUCUGGCUGCUGCCUCAGUAUGUCUUGUUGGGGAUAGCUGAUGUGUUUAAUGCAAUUGGGCUACUAGAAUUUUUCUAUGACCAGUCACCAGAAGACAUGCAAAGCCUGGGGACAACAUUUUUCACCAGUGGAAUUGGAGUUGGAAACUUCCUCAACAGCUUUUUAGUAACAUUGGUGGAUAAAAUCACAGGUAAAGGUAAGAAUAAGAGCUGGAUUGGAGACAAUUUGAAUGACUGUCAUUUGGAUUACUACUACGGAUUCCUUUUGGUCAUAUCUACUCUCAACAUAGGGGCAUUUCUGUGGGCAUCAAGCAAAUAUGUAUACAAAAGGGAAACCAAAGAAGUGAAUGAGUGCUGUAUUGAAAUGGAGAGCAAGGCCUUAGAGAUAUCUCCACUAGGAUUACAAGUAUGAAAAAUUAUAAAAAAAAAUGUUGAGUGGUAGAAAAAGUAUUACUAUGAUCAUGUGGUAUACCCCUUGUGUAAUAUGUGCAGCAAUUAAUGUUUGUAAUUUCUAUUUUAAUGA